AUGGCUACCAGAUCAAUUUCACUCUCAAACUUCAACAAAUCAACCCUUCUCAUACAAAAUUCUUUUGAAAAGAUUCUCAAAUCUGUACAAGAGCUUGAAACACUUUCCCCCUCAAUCUUGUCAGUGAUACAAAUCAGAACUUUAAACAACUUCUCGAACCAGUUAGAAAAGAAACAUGAAGCCUAUGAAAAUUACCUGGAAAGAGCCUUGGAACAUAUAUCAGAAGAAUUAGAUUUGGAUGCAGUAAGUGACACUGAAGACAAACUGCGACUGCUAUUCGUCGAAGCCAAGUCUCGGAUUGAAGCCCUUCUCCAACAGCAGCCGCAAGAUGUUCCAGAAGAAAGUAAAGAUUCAACAAGAAUUAGUGACAUCUCAGCUUCAUCAUCUGCUCACGUAAGACUCCCAAAACUAGACCUCAUCACGUUUGAUGGUUCUCCUCUACAGUGGGUAAGUUUCAUCAACUUAUUUGACACUAGCAUCCAUCUGAAUGAAAGCAUUUCAAACGUCACUAAAUUUCAAUAUCUUCUCAGCGUGCUCAAAAAUGAACCACUAAAUCUCGUAAAAGCUUUCAGUAUCACUUCAGCCAAUUACUCAAUUGCCUAUCAGCUCCUGAGAGACAGAUACCACAACACCCGAAGGUUAACUACACUUCACCUAAACAAACUGAUCGACCUACCGGACAUUUCCUCUACCUCAAACAAAUGUCUCAGAACGUUCCUCAACUUGUUUUAUGAACACACAGAAGCACUUAAAGCUCUUGACUGUGACAUUACUUCUAACUCUAACCCUCUGUUGUCCACCAUACUCUUACGAAAACUAGACAAUGACCUUCUAAAACAACUAGAGGCUUUUAGAAUUAAUAUAAAAUGCGAAACACAUUCUCUACCAGAAGUAGUCGAAAUAGUCAAGUUUCUUAAUCAAGAGUGUAACCAAAUGGAAGACGCUGUGUUACAUACCAAGUUUGCUCAAAGUACGAACAACCACAAUUCAAAUUUUAAACCCAAAUCUUUCACAUCCAAGCCCUCUUUCAUUCAAGCUCAGAAAGUUACAAUGGUCUCUACUCCAACUCCAUCAAAUCAAGACAACUCAAAAAAUCCUUUCUCAUUUCCCUGCUUUGUCUGCUCAUCAACUGGCCACAAGGUUUAUGCUUGUCCUAGCUUUCUCUCUCUUUCUUCAAAUGAACGUUUUAAAACCGUAAAGGACAACAACAGAUGUGUCUCUUGCCUAGGAAAACAUGAUGUUAAAACAUGUAAGUCUAAAGCAUCUUGCUUCAAAUGCCACAAACGUCAUCACACCUUACUUCAUUUUGAACAUGACAAGACAUCUCAAGGUUCUACAUCAUCACAACCAUCAACCACUCAUGUUUCGAAUGAAAAACCUACCGUAUCUCUUUGCUCACAGGAAGCCAGUCCUGCUAAUCAAAUCCCUACAACUGUAAUUUUAGGCACAACACUGGUUAAAGUUACUGCUCAAAAUAACGUUUCUCAUGUGUUCAGAGCAUUGAUUGAUAGUGGCAGCAUGUGUGAUUUUAUUAGUGAAAAAGCUGCUCAACUACUGAAUGCACCUCGUUUCAAAUCCAACUUACAAGUAGUUGGUCUUUCUCAAUCUCCAACUCUCACAAAGGGUAUUGUGAACCUCACUGUUAACACACUGGCAGGAAAAUUAGUUGCAUCCAACCAUGAAGUGCACAUACCUGAUAAAAUAUCUGUCAAUCUCCCUAGAUCUCAAAUAUCACAAAGAGUUCUAUUGAAAGUAAAACCUUACCCCCUUGCUGAUCCCAGCUUCCACUUAUCAGGGCCCAUUGACAUGCUGAUCGGAGCUUCUCUCUUCCCUCUUCUUUUAACGAAUGAAAACUAUUCUCUCGGCCCUAACAUGCCUAACAUGAUGGGAACUCACUUUGGCUUUGUUGUUAUGGGGAAUGCACCUUGUUCAACCGAUUCCCAGCCUGCCAACACUCCAUCCAUCUCUCUGCUCUCAACGGUUGACAACGAAUUGCAUAACUCUCUACAGAAAUUUUGGAAAUUAGAGGAAUUAUCUGUACCCUCAAAGAUAUCGGUUGAAGAGCAACAGUGUGAAGAUCUGUUUAAAGCUACCCACUCUAGGGACGAAAAUGGCCGUUACUUAACCAGCUACCAUUUAAAGAAAAUCAUCCACCUUUAG